CCCCGCCCCCUCCCGUCUCUUUGUUCGACGCGGCGCCUCCACUCCCACCGCCAAGAGACGCGCGGGAGGCCCGGCCCACCCCACCUCCGACACCGACGUUCGUGCCAGCUCGCCCUCGUCGAGACCUCAUCGCGGCGUGAUCUGAGCGCGAGGAUCCGCGCUGCGUCCGAUCUGCGACCCGUCGCCACCAUCACCACCAGCGUCGCCGCCAUGGCUGCCGCCAGCGUUCUUACGGACGCGAGCGAAGACUUCCCCGGGUGGCUUCGGACGCACGGCGUCAGCGCCAACGUCGCCAGCGCCAUCGGCUCGGAGCUGGGCAUCCAGGACGGCUCGGUGCUGCGCGCCUGCGUCGGCGACGGCCGCAUCAGGGCUGAGCUGCUGGCCGUGGCGCGCGACCGCCUGCCCUUCGGCUUCUACGCCGUGCUGCGCCAGGUGGUUGGCACCCUGCGGCGGUCGUCGGACGACGCCGGAGACGCCGGAGACGCCGGCUACGGCAGCGGCGGCGGCGGCGUGCGAUCCGACGCGGCCCUCGGGGACCUUGUGGACGUUCUCGUCGCGCUCUUCAGCGGCCUCUGCCGCGAGCUGACGCUGACCGUGCGGAGGCUGGGCUCCAUCGACGGGAGGGGCUACGCGGCCGGAGGGCCUUCCGACGACGCGGCCGAUCUCAGCCCCGGGUACGGCGUCGCCGAACGGGAUCACUCCGGAGAGAGCUUGCGCGACUACUCAAGGCACGAUAUCACCGACGAGUAUUCGAAUGCCGAACUUCCAGCAAACGUGCAAGAUCUGGAACUCGAAGACGAUAUGACGCUGCGCUCUGAUGAAGUGGGCGAGCCUACGGACAGCAGCUCUGCCCACGGGCCUGCGUGGCGUGGCAUUAAGAUCGAGCACGAUGACGGGUGUUCAGGCGAGGUGCUGGACCCUGUGCACGGGACAGCGUGCGGCUGGAACGAUGUAGACUCCGCGGAGGCGUCGUCUGCUUUCCCCGCUCAAAACCAAGACCGCCCAGAGAUGGACGGACGUUCGGAUUUCUUCAUCCAGGGCGUGACUUCGCUACAAAGCGCGACAAAGCGACCGCUGCGGGCGGCAAGGAUUAAGAGCUACGUCCAGUUACAGCAGCAACAGCAGCAGCAGCAGCUGCAUCACCUGCAGCAGCAGCAACAGCAGCAGCAGCUGCAUCACCUGCAGCAGCAGCAACAGCAGCAGCAGCAGCUGCAUCACCUGCAACAGCAGCAGCAUCAGCAGCAGCAUCAGCAGCAGGCUUCCGAAGGCGUCGGCGGCAUCGCGGCCUUGGGCGCGAGCGGCGCUGCCACCUUGAGUCCGCUGCAGCCGGGCCAAUCGCGAGGGCAGGGGCCCGCGGCGAAGUGGUGCGCCGUGCUGCAGCGGGGCCGGCAGAACCACGGCAGCGCUACUCCCGGCGGCGGCGCCUCCUCCUCCUCCGCCGCCGCCGCCGCCGCCAAAAAGCCGUACGAGUGCCGGCAGUGCGGGCGGCAGUUCGCCAAGUCCAUUUACCUGACGGUGCACAUGCGCAUACACACGGGCGAGAAGCCCCAUGGCUGCGAGGUGUGCGGCCAGGCGUUCUCGCAGUACUCGACGUGGAAGCGCCACCUGCGCACGCACACGGGCGAGAAGCCCUACCGCUGCGACGUGUGCGGGCGCGCCUUCUCGCACUACACCAGCCUGACGAGCCACGUGCGGCGGCACACGGGCGAGAAACCCUACCGCUGCGACGUGUGCGGGCGCGCCUUCUCGCAGGGCUCGAGCAUGAAGACGCACAUGCGCACGCACUUGGUGAAGAAAUCCUAAGCGGCGGUGGCGUUUGCGGUGGGUGGCUGGGUCCGCCCGACAGCGGGCCCCGGUCGGGACAGGGGAACGGUCGUUUAAUCGGGCUGGACUACGAAACUCCUCUGGACGCAUUGUUGGGUUAAAUUUCACGUUGGGGGUUUUUUUGUUUAAUUGUGAGACCCACCCCUCGUGCUUCCUUAAGGGGCUUCUUCGGGCUUCGUCCCCAUUUCCCGCUGGCGGGUUUGGACGUGUCUCGUGUGGGCGACCGACCGGCGCGUUUUCGACGGAAGUUCCAACCGCCCUCGUCACCGACUCUCCCCGCCAUCUUCCUGGGUCCCGCGCGCGGCUGACCUCCCUCUGCACCUGGAGCCAAUGUGACCACGACAACCGCACUCCGUGCGUGCGGUUGUUAACGCGUGCGUGCCCCCCACGCCUGCCGACCGGACUCGACGCUGGUCUCAAGGUGGUCCACCGGGUGGACUCGCGCGGACUCAGAUGGCUGCUGAUGUAAAGCAGCCGUCUCUGCCUGGCUCGGGAAAUUAUGAACGCCGUGCGAUGAUUAUAAUGAUAAAAUGGAAAUUCUCUGUACUCCGCUAAGAUUUUAUUGAACAUUCCAAUGGUGUCUGGAGAGCAGACAUUUACAUUUUCACUUUACCCGUGUUGAUCAUAGGUUUUUCCCCUUUUUUUCUGGCAACAAAACAGCUGUGUUAUGAUGUUAAAACACCAAGCUGAAACCUUUUACAAGGAAUCAUGUCUGCAUUAACCACAAUACUUGUGGUCAGAAUGCAAACA